AUUAAUUCAAAUAAAUCGUCUCCUGCGAAUGAAAUUGAAAUUACGGUGACGAUAUUUUUUGAAUCGGACCGGACCUUUUGAGGUUGUUCAUCAAUGGCGCAGCUACUUUCCCCUGUUUGUACGGAUCUUCUCAAGUUCCAGAACUCUGUUCUUAGCUCCAGAUCAUGUGCGUCGCGAUUCUCGGCGAAGACCGGUGUGUGCUUACCUUCGUACGCCGGAAAAGGGCGAAGUGGCGCCGUCGGAAGAUUAAGAGUUGCAACUGAGGAUGCUUCUUCUCUUUCCACCGGUGAUGUCGACGAUGAUUACUAUGCCGUUCUCGGACUGCUUCCAGAUGCAACACAGGAGGAGAUUAAGAAAGCGUACUAUAACUGUAUGAAAUCUUGCCAUCCAGAUUUGAGUGGCAAUGACCCAGAAACUACAAAUUUCUGCAUGUUCAUAAACGAUAUCUAUGAGAUUCUCAGUGACCCUGUACAGCGUAUGGUUUACGAUGAAAUCCAUGGGUAUGCAGUGACUGCCAUCAAUCCUUUUCUAGAUGAAUCCAGCCCAAAGGAUCAUGUUUUUGUUGAUGAGUUUGCUUGUAUAGGCUGCAAAAACUGUGCCAAUGUGGCUCCAGAUGUAUUUAAAAUUGAGGAAGACUUUGGAAGAGCAAGGGCCUGUAACCAGCGUGGCAACCCAGAUUUAGUUCAACAAGCAGUUGAAACAUGCCCGGUGGAUUGUAUCUAUCAGACAUCAGCUGCACAGUUGUCAUUGCUUGAAGACGAAAUGCGACGGGUUGAAAGAGUUAAUGUUGCUCUGAUGCUUUCUGGAAUGGGAUCAGGAGCAGUUGAUGUUUUCAGAAUGGCGAGAUCUCGAUGGGAAAAGAGGCAAGCAAAAGUUUUGAAUCAAGCUAGAAGUAGAAUGAUGAAGCGGAAAAGCACAGAGGAAACACCUACCUAUUGGGAUAACCUAUGGGGCAAACAGAAUCAAUACCAGAAAAGCGAGGAAGAAGUACAAGAACGAGCACAGAGAGCUGCCGCAGCAGCUAGGAGAUGGAGGGAAUACUCACGAAGAGGCGUGGAUAAGCGGCCCACCUUCAAACUCCCGGACUCUGCCUCCAGAGGAGAGAACUGAAAACCACCCAGAGGCAUGAGUCAUAAUGGUCUCUGGGUGUGUUAUAUUUGUAUGGAGACAUUUCCCUAUAGUUCUAUGGCUACGUAAUAGCUUCAUUUGGUACGGGUCGUGUGUUAUAUUUGUCCCGUUCUACACUUGUAUAGCUUUCUCCUCACAUCGACUUAAGCAAAAGUAAUUAAAAAACAAAAAGAACAAGUGUAUAAACGUUUUCAAUGUUAAGCUAUUAUAGUAUCACCGUA